ACACCGGAAGUGCACGUCACAGACACAGGAAUGGGCCAAAAUAAGCGUUAGCGGAGCAGAAAAACACAGGCACAAACGGAGGAUAAAAUGCGUCCUCGUGUUGGGUUUGUGCUGCUGGGAUGAUCCGCGGUUUCAGAGCUCGUUUCGAGGCAUCGCAGAGGGUGUUGUGCUGCUAAAUGGAGUCUGAGCAGUUGUUCAACAGAGGCUACGGCAGAAACAGCUACAACAGCAUCACCAGCGCCAGCAGUGACGAAGAGCUCCUGGAUGGAGCCGGAGUCAUCAUGGACUUCCACACCACUGAGGACGACAACCUGCUGGACGGAGACGCCUCUCCAGGGUCGAACUACGCCAUGUCUAAUGGGGGUGGAGGAGGGGGAGGAGCUAGUAGCUCCACCCACCUGCUGGAUCUGCUGGAAGAGCCCAUUCCUGGAGUGGGGACCUACGACGACUUCCACACCAUCGACUGGGUCCGAGAGAAAUGCAAAGACAGAGAGCGACACCGCAAGAUAAACAGCAAAAAGAAGGAGUCAGCAUGGGAAUUCACCAAGAGUCUCUACGACGCCUGGUCCGGCUGGCUGGUGGUCACACUGACAGGACUCGCAUCAGGAGCGUUAGCUGGCGGGAUCGACAUCGCCGCCGACUGGAUGAACGACCUGAAGGAGGGCGUGUGUCUUAGUGCCAUGUGGUUCAAUCACGAGCAGUGCUGCUGGGGCUCCAACAAGACCACCUUCGCCGAGAGAGACAAGUGUCCUCAGUGGAAGACAUGGGCCGAGCUGAUCCUGGGUCAGGAACAGGGUCCCGGCUCGUACAUCAUGAACUACUUCAUGUUCACCUUCUGGGCUUUGUCUUUCGCUUUUCUGGCCGUGUCUCUGGUGAAGGUGUUUGCGCCGUAUGCCUGCGGCUCUGGAAUACCUGAGAUUAAAACCAUCCUGAGUGGCUUCAUCAUCCGCGGGUACCUGGGCAAGUGGACUCUGAUGAUCAAGACCAUCACUCUGGUUCUUGCUGUGGCGUCUGGCCUCAGUCUGGGAAAGGAGGGUCCGCUGGUUCACGUGGCCUGCUGCUGCGGGAACAUCUUCUCAUAUCUCUUCCCCAAAUACAGCAAGAACGAGGCUAAGAAGCGAGAGGUUCUGUCGGCGGCGUCGGCUGCUGGUGUUUCUGUGGCUUUUGGGGCUCCGAUUGGAGGAGUUUUGUUCAGUCUGGAGGAGGUGAGUUAUUACUUCCCUCUGAAGACUCUGUGGCGCUCGUUCUUCGCUGCUCUGGUGGCUGCUUUUGUGCUGCGCUCCAUCAACCCGUUCGGUAACAGUCGCCUAGUGCUGUUCUAUGUGGAGUAUCACACGCCCUGGUACCUGUUCGAGCUCUUCCCCUUCAUCCUGCUGGGGGUCUUCGGGGGAUUAUGGGGCGCGUUCUUCAUCCGGGCAAACAUCGCCUGGUGCCGCCGACGCAAGUCCACUCGCUUCGGCAAGUACCCAGUGCUGGAGGUGAUCACGGUGGCGGCGAUCACAGCGAUUGUGGCGUUCCCGAACCCGUACACCCGUCAGAACACCAGCGAGCUGAUCAAGGAGCUGUUCACAGACUGCGGGCCGCUGGAGUCGUCUCAGCUCUGCCAGUACCGCAGUCUGAUGAACGGCAGCCAGGCCGACCCCACAGGCCCCGACACCGCCUCUGCCGCCACACCGGGGGUCUAUUCAGCCAUGUGGCAGCUCAGCCUCGCGCUCGUCUUCAAGAUCAUCAUGACCAUCUUCACCUUCGGCCUCAAGGUGCCGUCGGGUCUCUUCAUCCCCAGUAUGGCCAUCGGGGCGAUUGCGGGCAGGAUUGUGGGCAUUGCAGUGGAGCAGCUGGCGUAUUAUCAUCACGACUGGUUUGUGUUCAGAGAGUGGUGUGAGGUCGGUGCUGACUGCAUCACGCCGGGACUCUACGCCAUGGUGGGAGCCGCCGCAUGUCUGGGUGGCGUGACUCGUAUGACCGUGUCUCUGGUGGUCAUUGUUUUUGAGUUGACGGGCGGUCUUGAGUACAUCGUCCCGCUGAUGGCGGCAGUGAUGACCAGUAAAUGGGUGGGUGACGCGUUCGGCCGAGAGGGGAUUUACGAAGCCCACAUUCGCCUGAAUGGAUACCCUUUCCUGGACGCUAAAGAGGAGUUCACGCACACCACGCUAGCCAGAGAAGUCAUGCGUCCACGGCGCAGUGACCCACCACUAGCAGUUCUGACGCAGGACGACAUGACUCUCGCUGAACUGCAGGGCAUCAUCUCCGAAACCAGCUACAAUGGCUUCCCUGUCAUCGUCUCCAAAGAGUCCCAGAGGCUGGUGGGAUUCGCCCUGCGCAGGGACAUUACUAUUGCUAUAGAAAACGCCCGGCGUAAGCAGGAGGGCAUCGUGCUGAACUCACGGGUGUACUUUACCCAGCAUGCCCCAACGCUCCCUGCCGACAGCCCGCGGCCGCUAAAGCUGCGCAGCAUUCUGGACAUGAGCCCGUUCACCGUCACCGAUCACACGCCCAUGGAGAUCGUGGUGGACAUUUUCCGGAAGCUGGGCCUUCGCCAGUGCCUCGUGACCCAUAAUGGGAUUGUAUUGGGCAUCAUCACAAAGAAGAAUAUUUUAGAGCAUCUGGAAGAGAUCAAGCAGCACGUGGAGCCCUUGAUCGAUGACAUCUGACCCCUCGCGCAGCUCCGCCCCCUAAACCAUUGACGCCUCCUUGGUAUUAUUACAAAAAAAGAUAUCCUCCGUCAUAUGGCCCAGAUGGCAAACCAAGACCCCGAGUCCAUAAUGUUCAACUAGCGCCCUCCUCGUCCCAUUACCAGGAGGACGAAAUCGAAGAGGAGGUUCGAUUACUGGACAAUUCAUCCCUCUGACCACACGCCCCCUACAGUUUCCCAAAGCUACACUACAACAACCCAAACACUACUCCAGAUGUGGAGCCCGUCCUGGACACGUCCUCUGGGUACUUGCACAAGACUCCAGACUUAGAGGAAAAAGCCUGACGAGUAAAGUGGACGAACUUUCUCCAAAUGCUAACAUGCUAAACGUACUCUCUCCACACGCGCAUGCUUAAACACGGUCAACUUCCACCCUCGGGAUCUGCAUAUUUGACCUCUGAGCCUGAGGUAACACGUCCUGGAGAGGUGAAAGGUCAAGAUGAACCGCUGGAAAUGCGAGGAGGGACCUUCGCCGAUACCAACCGAACUACAUCCCAAAUGCGGUACCAUUGUUUACUUGUAUUGUGUGCGAGAACGAAAGAUCUUAAUUUGGACGCCGGCGAAACCCAACAUUCCAAUCGGGAAACCGAAGAAGCGUCCUGAAUUGCGUAUUCAACACUGCGAGAUGAUCAAACGUUGGUUUUAGAGAAAGGAUUUUUGGAAGAGCUUCAACUUGGACACUAUUGACGGCCAGUCUAGACUGCACUGGGAUUAUAGGUAACGAGCCAACCAUCUCUCUCUCUCUCUCUCUCUCUCUUUUCGAGUGCCCAAACUUUGACUUUUUGUGCUUUCGGUUACUGGGAAUGAAAUUCAAAGACGUUUUAUUUUUUCUGUUUCUGUAACAGCUGCUAUCCUGGCUAUCAUGUUUAAAAAAAUACUAAGCGACUUUUAAUGGUUUAUUAAAAUGUGACUUGACCAACUUUUUUUUUUUUUUUUUUUUAAGUUCGCAAACAAGCGUAAAUGUUCAACCUGGUAAACGUCGUCUCUAGUACUGUUAACAUUCUCUGUGUCUGUCUGCGCAUAUUUCAUCUUGUGAGAGUUAUCUUUGUCCAACUGGUGAUAUUUCUGAAGGCCGACAAUUAAACAGUUCACAAUAGUGCCCUUU